AUGACGAUGACGCGGUUUAAUGCUGCUGCUAUUGCUGCUGCUGCUGCUAGUUUUGUUGCUGCUGCUGUUGCUGGCGCUGCUGCUAUUGCUGUUGCUGCUGUUGCUGCUGUUAUUGCUGCUGCUGCUGCUGCUGCUGCUGUGCUGCAGCCACACGCCGUAAACCCCAUGGAACUGGCCUCUCGCUUGGAAGAGCUGCGCGAAGACAACGAGAAGCAGCAGCAGCAGCAGCAGCAGCAGCAGCAGCAGGAGCAAGAGUUCAAAGAGAGACGCAAGAAACACUACAACGAAUUCCAGCAAAGCAAAUUGCUGCUGCAGUCUCUGCAAGAUGAAGAUGAUGACUAA